AUGUCUCAGACAUUCUUCGAGCCUACGCCGGCAACAGGGUUCAAUAAGUACUCCAAUCCCAACAGAGUCUGGUUCAGAGACGAGGCUUACGAUAUGCCAACAACACCACCACCACAAGAGCACAAGAAAAAUGUGGUGCUAGCCAAAGUCCCCAAGCUCUACCGGGACACCAAGAUCGCCAUCAGAUGGCACUUCCGUCGCCUCUUGUCGAGCGAUAUAUCUGCUCACCUGCGCGCUCUCUGCCCACAAGGCCAGGUCCGAGACGUCACGUACUGGGCUGAGGUCUCGAUCUACAGCAACAGUCUUCAAGAGCCACACGCUGGUGCCGGGAAGACGACUGUCCAACGCGUCCGCAAAUGCCGACAGAUCCGUCCUGGAAGUGGAAAGCAUAAUGCGCAGCUCAUGCAGGCGCAUGAAUGGCUCGAGGAGCAGAGGGAGAGAUAUGGGGAUGCUAAAACCGAGAUGGUGAUGGGCUGGUAUGCGAGGCCACGCGGAGCUGGUCCGGAGACGAGUUGGGAGAAGUGGGGUGGAGAGUGGUGGGACUUGUAG